CGAACUUGACUGGUUGCCGGUUCUGUGCCGCAUCGACCUUGGCAGCUACUUGCUACUAGCUAAGCAUGGCGGGCAAUGCGUGGAGGUCAGCGAUUGUUAACCUACUCAGAAAAUGGAGUUUAUCGAUCAGUGGCCAGGAUAAAAUCAAGGCAGAGGAAGUUCAGCAUGUGGCAGGAGCCCUGAGGAAAGAAACCAGGACAUUCUCCCGCGGGAUGCAAACUGUUACUUUGAUCCCCGGCGAUGGAAUUGGACCAGAGAUCUCCACUGCUGUCAUGAAGAUAUUUGAAGCAGCCCAGGCACCAAUUCAGUGGGAGGAGAGGAAUGUUACAGCCAUUAAAGGUCCUGGGGGAAAGUGGGUGAUUCCUCAAGAUGCCAAAGAGUCAAUGGACAGAAACAAAAUGGGUCUGAAAGGUCCUUUGAAGACACCAAUUGCUGCAGGUCACCCCUCUAUGAAUCUUCUCCUGAGGAAAACCUUUGACCUCUAUUCCAACGUGCGCCCUUGUGUUUCCAUCGAGGGCUACGAGACACCCUACACGGACAUCAACCUUGUCACCAUUCGUGAGAACACAGAGGGGGAAUACAGUGGGAUUGAACAUGUGAUCGUCGAAGGAGUUGUGCAGAGUAUUAAACUCAUCACAGAGCAAGCUAGCCAACGCAUUGCAGAGUAUGCAUUUGAAUAUGCAAGGAACAAUAAGAGGACCAGUGUUACUGCUGUACAUAAGGCUAACAUUAUGCGCAUGUCAGAUGGGCUCUUCCUCCGAAAAUGCAGAGAGGCUGCCGAAAGGAACAAAGAUAUUAAAUUUACUGAGAUGUACUUGGAUACUGUGUGCCUUAAUAUGGUGCAAGAUCCUACACAGUUUGAUAUUCUGGUGAUGCCAAAUUUGUAUGGAGACAUUUUGAGUGAUCUUUGUGCUGGACUUAUUGGAGGACUCGGAGUGACCCCCAGUGGAAACAUCGGCACCAAUGGUGUUGCCAUUUUUGAGUCUGUUCAUGGAACUGCCCCGGAUAUCGCGGGGAAGGACUUGGCCAACCCUACCGCCCUGCUGCUCAGCGCGGUCAUGAUGCUGCACCACAUGGGCCUGCAUGACCACGCAAAGAGGAUCCAGACAGCCUGUUUCGACACCAUUCGGGACAAAAAGGUGCUCACCGGAGACCUCGGAGGGAAGUCAAAGUGCUCCGAAUUCACUGAGGCAAUAUGUCAACGAGUGCGAGAUCUCUAAUAGUCUUAGUUCAGCGUGUGCCUCUUUUUUUUUUUUUUUUUUUUCUUUGCUCACACUUGAAACUACAACAGAAACUGUCUCUGGAUUUGUAAUCCUGAAUAUCUUAACUAGCUAUUUUCUUCAGUUACAUGUAUUUUGUAUUCAGUAUGCAUAUUUAAGAGUAACAUGAAGGGGACUGUUAUUAUGAUGAUGAUGUUGGUGUGUCUAUAACUGCUAUAGUUUAUACCCGACAAUAGAACUACUUGAAUUAAAGUCACGGGUUAUUAUUAAUGUAAAAAUAAAUGAUACCUUCUGAUCAUUAUAUAAGAUUGACACCAGGAAAGGAAAGGUUGAUUUACAUUUUUGUUUUUUUCCGCAGCUUUGUGUCAGAUAUUAUGAAUGUACUCUAUUACAUCAUGAAUGCCAACAUGA